AUGUCAAGCUCUCGGAUUCUGACGGUUCCUUCUCCAGAGGUACCCAUCUUAACCGUACCUGUCGAACCCACCCCUAUAGUAUUCACUGUACCACCAGCGGUACCACCUUCGACACAUCCGACACCUACUCCAGCCGUGCCUACUGCAUACCCGACACCACCGCCACCUGUGUCUGCUACUGCAUACCCGACACCCGCACCAGCAGUACCAGUUGCUCCUUAUCUGGUACCACCACCUAUCAUACCUCCAAUUGCUGCUACCUAUAUUUUACCUGCAGUGCCACCGGCGGUACCUACCCCGACUUAUGCAACAACACCAGGGGUACCUUCCCCGGCCUAUCCAGUGGUACCACUUGUAGUACCAGCUCCAGUGGUUCCGUCAGUUCCUGCGACGAUCCCUACUCAUCCUACUGAUAUGAUUGCGGCACGAGCUUGGAUCCCAGCUUUGUUAGAGUCGGUGAAAAGCCGAUUCACGCUAUUCCACGAGGAGACCGAUCUGAGCAUGGCUCAGUCUUGA